AUGGGGAACAGUAUGUCUGCCAGUUUUGCACCGGAGUGCACGGAGUUAAAAAAGACAUAUGAUAAUUGUUUUAAUGAAUGGUAUAGUGAGAAAUUUUUAAAGGGGAAAUCUGUCGAGAAUGAAUGUUCAAAAGAAUGGUACGCUUAUAUUGGUUGUGUGAAUGAAAAUUUAAAGAAGAAAAGUAUUCAAUCUGCAUUAGAUGAUGCUCGUAAAGAGGCACCUUUUGAACGUGGUGGUGAAUUAGUUGAUGAUAAUAUAGAUAAUAAAAAGAAAUCCAAAUAA